AUGAACUUUUUCUGUGUGCAGGUGACAGUGUUGGUGGAGUUCCUCAUAAACAACUGCUCAGAAAUAUUUGAGGAGGACAUUGCUUUCCCUGUCUGUGCCUCAGCUGAGGAGUCACCAGAGCACACAGACAGCUCCACAGAACAGCUAUGUGCUGCUCGUCAGAAUGACUCUGCCUAUGACAGCCCAGAUCCCGAAGCUGAAGGCAGCCCCUGUACCUCUGAGAUGGAGCAGCGCAAAGGGAGGAAUGCUACUGUGAGCAGAAGACAUCCAACACACAUCUCUGCCUCUUCACUGACUAAUUUCAGAAAUGACAUCAGCAUGAUGGAUAGGAGGUACUCAGAGUCAGACUUGUCCUUCCAGAAUUGCCUUGAUAGCACAAUAAGGAAACAGAAGCUAAAUAAAAGUGAGGACAAUUUUCCGGUUCCCCAGAAACAGCUGGGGUUGGAGGCAUUGGAGAAACGGCUUGCAGUCUUACCUUCACAUUUAUCAACUGACUCUCUACCCAAAACAUCCUCCAGUUGCUCCCUGGAGAGUUCUGAUGGCUCAGUCUUCACCAGCUCCCCAGUAGUUUCACCCUCUAGUCCCAAAAAAACCUUUUUAAAUAGGCCCCAGUCCUUUUCCACCAAGGCCACCGAAGACUGCAGUACACCUAUCAGAGAGAUCAAAAGACAUUCCAUGUCAUUCUCUUUUGCAAACCACAGGAAAACACUAAUAAAAACCCGGAGUUGGGGGCCUGGAAAAAACAUUUUUUUUCAGAGAGACAGUUUCACAAAGAAAGAAGAUCAGUUCUGCUGCAGAAUUGUCCAGGAGAACAGUCCUAAUGAUGACAAACCAUUGCCUGUGGAGUAUCAGCAAAGACCCCGUUUCAGGUCGGUUGAUGAAGUGUUCAGAGAGGUAGACCAGAGGAAUCCUGGAAGACCACCCUCUUAUGAAGAGGCUGUUAAAAACUCUCUGGCCACUAAAGUUGCCUCCCACAAUCUCACGGUUCAAACUAUGAGAUUAAGUAACCCUCAUGUGGUCUGA